UUGAAUUUUGAAUUUAAUAGCCAAUAACACGAUUUGAAAAUGAUUAUGUACAAAGACUCUAUUUUGUAAUAUCAUAAGAUCGAAAUUAAAAAGAUACAAAAACAACACUUGACUUUCACCAAACCAACAAAACCGGGCGUAGCCACUAGAAAUAGCAUGACCCCUUAAUGUUAGGAAAUCCAUAUUCUCCUAAUAAACCUCCACUUGUCCCUACAUUUCAAACAAACACUUCCUUCAUUUUCGCAAAAUUUACUCAGUCUUUUACCAAACUCCCAACACACAAAAACACUUGCACAUCAUCACUCUGCCAUUGCUCCUUCUUCUUCUUCUUCUCUCUCUCUCUCUCUCUCUGAGAACAGGACACCAUUGCCAUUCCUUGAAUCAUGCUUCGAUUCUGAGGAUCGAUGACCCUGAGAAGUGGCAGCGGGCAGGCUUGCGCAGCGUGCAAGUUCCAGAGGCGGAGGUGCACCCCCCAAUGCCUCCUUGCACCCUUCUUCCCGGCCGAUCAACCUCAGGUGUUCCAAAGUGUUCACAGGCUGUUCGGCGUCAAACACAUACAGAAACUGCUCAAGGAGCUCCACCCUGAUCAGAGAGUCAUGGCCAUCAAGUCCGUCAAAUUCCACGCUGCAAUGCGUGAGAGGAACCCCGUCUACGGAUGCUUGGUCGAAGUUCAGAAUCUCGCUUCUCAGGUUCAGAUAGCUGAGGAGGAACUCCAUGCAGUCCUGCAACAAUUAUUUUACUAUCGCCAGCAGCAACAACAACAACAACAACAACAAGACACGUCGCCCGGAGAUGAUUACCUCUCACAAUUGCAGUUAGGCAUGGCGCCUCCCGGGAACACGGCCAUGGCCGCGCUUGUCCAGCAAGACGGCCAAUCAGAGUAUAAUAACCUUGUGGCAACACAAGCCUCUUCUGGUUCCAACAAUGUCAAUGUCAAUGUUGAUUCGUUGUUGAUGCAAAAGACGUGUAGCUAUAGCAAUAACAACAACGACUACCACAACAAUAUCGAUUCAAUUGUGAUGCAAUCACACCUGACUACUUCACAAACUAUGCCUACUGUCCCACAGGACUACAAUGAAAUGUAUUCAUUUUUUGAUAAUAUUGAUGACAGGCAAUCUUACGUUGGCCCCAAGGAAGUAUACGAAUCCAGUUUGGACUCAUCGGUUAGAGAUUGCACACAGUCUGACGAGCACAUGGCAGAGAAUGAACUGAAGAACGCUGCAGCAUGCUUUAGCCUUACAAGCUUCAACUAAUAACAUCAAAAUGGUGGAUAUUCAAGGAAAGAGGCUUGGCCGAUUGGAAGCCAUAUUUAUUUUCUCAAUCACACACAACUUUCAUAAAGUAAGCAUCAAUAGUACAUUUUACAGUUUUCUCUAUUCUCUUAAGUGUACAUUUUCAUAUGCAAUGAAGAAGUAGUAGCAGUUAUUCCUCAAGAAAACUAAAU